AUGAGUGACGCCUAUGAGCGUGAGCGGCAAAACAAUGCCUUCCUUGAAUCCCUCUCGCAAAAGACCAACGCACUAAAGUCCGUCACGAUAGACAUCUACGACAACGCCCGGAACCAGGAGACCAUCGAUAACACCGUUCGUUCUUCCCCGGCGCUUUCGCCCCCUUCUCUCUUGACAUGCUUUUAUCUUACGGCCAUUUUGCUAAUCCGUGGGGGGUCUGCAGAGCGAAGUAUUCUCGUCACUAUCCACGAGCAUCAAAAGCAGCGCGGGCCGCUUGACCCAUGCCGCAAAGCAAGGUGA